GUCAAUAUUUCUUUGUGGCCCCGUUUCAAGAUGAUCUUUGACAUGCAUCUCAACAGUUUACGCUAUGCCAAUGUGAAGACAUUAUGGGAAGAUGAUGUUCAUCCCCAUUAUGUUAUGAGGCGCUAUGCUGAAUUCACAGCAUCCCUUAUUCAUUUAAAUGUUGAAUAUGGAGACGGCCAGCUUGAUCUUAGCCUGGAAAGGCUACGGAUGGCAGUGGAGGAUUUGCUUGUUAAGUUGGCUAAAAUGUUUGCGAAACCAAAAUUGCAAACUAUUUUUCUAAUAAACAACUAUGAUAUGACAAUUUCGAUAUUGAAGGAAGCUGGUGCUGAAGGCGGGAAAAUGCAAAUCCACUUUGAGGAACUGCUAAAGAGCAACAUAGCUGUAUAUGUCGAAGAGUUACUUUUGGAGCAUUUUGGCGAACUGAUUAAAUUUGUCAAGAACCGGGCAUUGGAAGAAACGAGUUCCAGCAUCGAAAAAUCAGCGGUUUCCGACGUCGAACCGUUAGUGAAGGACUUUGCCAGCAGGUGGAAGAAUGCAAUAGAGCUCAUGCACAGGGAUGUCAUUACAUCCUUCAGCAACUUCCUGUGUGGGAUGGAUAUACUGAAAGCUGCUCUGACACAACUACUUCUGUAUUAUACAAGGCUCUCAGAAAGCGUCAAGAAAAUUGCUGGCGGAUCAGUUCUUAACAAGGACCUGGUAUCAAUUUCUUCUAUUUUAUAUGAGAUCAAAAAAUAUUCCAGAACAUUCUAGAUCUUUCGAAAUCCCCAUUGAAAUUGGUUCUGCCGAGUCUCUCUUGAACAUGCUUCCUUCUCAUUCUUUGUUUGCACAAUAAAGUUAGUACUGGCUG